CUUCUUACUCAAAAUUCAAACCAAGAAAUCAAAGAUAUGGCGAGAAUCUCUGAACAUGCUUUUGCUAAUCGCGUCUACGAAGACUUCGAACCGCUUUCGAAUUGGAAAACUGAACAAGGAUUCGAAGCUCUCACUGUUUACCUUCCAGGGUUUAAGAAAGAACAGCUUAAGGUGCAAAUAACCACAACGAGGAAGCUGAGAGUGAUGGGAGAUCGUCCAGCAGGAGCCAACAAAUGGAUCCGUUUUCGCAAGGAGUUUCCUAUUCCGCCAAACGUCGAUGUCGACUCUGUCUCUGCCAAAUUUGAAGGCGCGAAUCUCGUUGUGAGGCUUCCUAGACCUGAGCCAAUAGGCAAAGAAAAUUUACCUAGUGGUACAACCGCGAAACCUCCUCUUGUUCCGGCAGCAAAGCCUCUUAGCCCGGCAGCAAAGGAAAGGGUUCAACCGUCAAAGGAAACAAAAGAGAGCGAAGCAGAACUAAAAAAACAUGCGGAAAAGGUUCAAUCGCCAAAGCGAGGAAGAGAGAAUGAAGAAGCUUUUAAAGUUGCAGCCAAGAAAAAGAGUAAUGAAGGAAUACUUAACCAAGAUUAUAGAAGUAAAGUGAAUGCAUACAAGGAGAAUCUUGGAGGAUAUAUGGCACUGAUGAAGAAUAACAGAACAGCACUUACGGCUGGUUUGGUUAUCCCCGCGGCUGCGGUUCUGUUGCUAUCUCUUGGGUUCUUUGCCGGCCAAAUGUUUACUUCUUCUUAACCUAUUUGCAUAAUUCUCAAAGAAAGAUAAAAUGUAUUAAAAUUUGCAAAUAUCACAAACAAUACUAAUAAAGAAA